CAGCUCCUGUGUGAAGCAGUUGAACCCGGACGGUUAGCCGUGUAGGGACGUUAGCAGACGGCUAUAUUAUAAAGUGUCGGAACCGGAGCUAGCUUAGCUUUAGCCAGCAGCAUGGGGGAAGAAAUGGGGAAGAACACGUCAGUAAAGACCAGUGUGAAGGCGGACAAUGACAGCCACGUACCUCAGGAGGACGGUGACGUGACAUAUUACACGUGUGAGGAGGUUCAAGCUCACAAUGCGAGCAACGGCGCGUGGCUCAUUAUCCAUGACAAAGUUUAUGAUAUUACGAGUUUUCUCGAAGAGCAUCCUGGAGGUGAAGAAGUGCUCCUGGAGCAGGCAGGUUCAGACGCUACAGAGUGCUUCGAGGACGUCGGCCAUUCCACAGACGCCAGAGAGAUGCUUCAGCAGUACUACAUCGGAGAGCUGCACGAGGAUGACAGAAAGAAAGCGACCAAUAAGGAUGUUUAUAUCACAACCUCAAAAGAGUCCAGUUCAUGGAGCACCUGGCUGAUUCCUGCUGUGGCGGUGGCUCUUGUAGGCUUUAUGUACCGUUAUUACAUGUUAGAGCACAAAUCAUCUUGAGCACUCAGCAGCUCCUGGAUUCCCAAAAUCAUCUCAGCACACUGCUGAAUGGUAGAAGAUAUCACACCAGUUCCUGAUCUGGUUUUGGAUGAGGAUCCAGGACCAGUGCAACAUGUCUCUCUCUUACAUCCAGAGGCCUUGGACUCUCUCUCUCUCUCUCUCUCUCUCUCUCUCUCUCUCUCUCUCUCUCUCUCUCUCUCUCUCUCUCUCUCCACCCCCCCUACACACACACACACACACACACGUUUGCUCCAGGCACUGCCCAUCUCUUGCCAUUGACUUUACCAGGACCAUGAGGGAUCACAGAAUUACAUGUUCUUGUCUUGUCUUUUUUUUUUCUUUCUUUCUUUUUGUUGUUUUUUUUUUUAAAUCUAUCUUUCUAUCUAGAUAAGACUUUAUAUUAUCUGUGUAUUAGGAGAAGGAUUAAUACAGGAUGAGGUUAGAACCAAGCAUCGUUUUUGAACGACUCCUUUUCAGAUUCACUGCCUUGAUAUUUCAGCACUGAAUAGGAACGUGUUGCACGUGGAGGUGUGUGUGUGUGUGUGUGUGUGUGUGUGUGUGUGUGUGUGUGUGUGUGCGCGCGCCACCUUCUGUUCCUCAUUUUCAUCCUCUUUUUGCUCUGAUUGAAUGUGUUGUUUUAUUCAGAGGGAUUUCAGGAUCAUCCCUGAACUGGUUACACAAUACAGCUUCAGUAAAAAAAAACUUUAAUAUUAAAAUACUACUUUAUAUAUUAUAAUAAAACUUUUAAUAUUCCCUUAACAAUGUCCAAUUAUUUACUGCAUUAGUGAGCUGACGUUAUUUAACCCUUCUGCCUUCUGCUUCAUCACUUUAUGAUCAAUAAAAAUGAUCCUUAUUUGUACGCAGCCUUUUAUAUCGGUUUGUUUUCCCCUCGAGCACAAAAGCGACUACAGAAGUGUGUGUGUAGUUUUAUUUUACUAACAGAUAAAUCAGUUGGGGGGUCACGGUGGCUUAGUGGUUAGCACGUUCGCCUCACACCUCCAGGGUUGGGGGUUCGAUUCCCGCCUCUACCUUGUGUGUGUGGAGUUUGCAUGUUCUCCCCGUGCCUCGGGGGUUUCCUCCGGGUACUCCGGUUUCCUCCCCCGGUCCAAAGACAUGCAUGGUAGGUUGAUUGGCAUCUCUGGAAAAUUGUCCGUAGUGUGUGAGUGAAUGAGAGUGUGUGUGUGUGUGUGUGUGCCCUGUGAUGGGUUGGCACUCCGUCCAGGGUGUAUCCUGCCUUGAUGCCCGAUGACGCCUGAGAUAGGCACAGGCUCCCCGUGACCCGAGGUAGUUCAGAUAAGUGGUAGAAGAUGAAUGGAUGAAUGAAUCAGUUGUUUGAGAGUUCAGUCUUCAAAAUUUUCUCCUCUGCUAUAAAGGCACGAUUUAAACAAUUCUACAUUAGAGUUGUAUCGGUCGAGAUCAAAACUCGGUCAAAAGUGCACCUUGAUCUAAUUUAUCGCAAUAUCAUUAUUUUAUCAUCAGAUCGUCGACCCUGAGACUGAACAUCUGAACAUCUACUGAACAUCUGCAUCGAGUGACAAACGCUCGUAUUAUUUAAUAGAUGUUUAAGAAGUCGUUUAAUCAGCACCUGCGUUACUCAGAAUCAGACCUUCAGGCGUCUCAAAGGUCUCCGUGUUUAAUCAGCUUCCGGCUUCCUUUAGAAAUCCUUCUCUAAAUUACGUCUCCUUAAUUCGAUUUAACCCUUUCAUCAAAGACGUCAUGACGUAUAAUAUCGCGUAAACAUCGAAUAUUAAAACAAGAAGCUCAGAGAGGCGCGUCAGCGUGACCCCUGUACGUUAACGAGCGUUAAGAGUUAAUGAACGUUAAUAAACUAAUGCAGUACCUUGUUUUAAGUGAACCUUUGUGUAAAGUGUUCAUUUAACUCACGCUGGACACGAACCGACCCUGGUUUAAACGUUGGCUAAUAAAUGAUGAUGUUUGUUCCAUUCCUGACUGUAAAUACAACCACAAAUUUGAAUAGAUUUGCAUACAUUAGCAUAAUCACCUGGUUCCGUGUCGUGAAAUGUUUAGUCUCACGACGAACCACACGGACUCGUUAACGGAUUUAUUUUUACUCUGAAAGACGGAAAAGACGUUCGAUAGCGAACAUGUCGAAAAUUUAGAUUUAGAUUUUUAAAAAUACAGAUAAACUUAAUGAUUAAUUCACGAGUGUGUGAAUGUUAAUGCUAAAUCGUCGAAGUUCCUCGUUAAUGUGAGAACACUUCAUUAUUUCUCUCUCUUUUAUUCCUUACAAAUUUCUAUUGUAAAAGGUCUGAUGUUUCUACGUGGACUGCGUGUGAAGGUGUGAUGAGGUUAACACUCGACCCAAUAGGUUUAUUUGUUUGUUUAUUCGUACAUCUGUUAAACAGAUAUGUAAGAGUAUUUUAAUGAGCAUUUUAAUACUUGAACUGUCCAGCAGAACAUACAGUUUCCAUUCAUGUGUUGAAUAUUCUAUGCAUUUUUGUGUGUGUGUGUUUGUUUUUUUUUCUCUCCGCACUUGUAGUCCUUAUCUCCACCUCCUCUUUCAUGUAACCCGUGCAGCAGACCUGCAGUUCCUCCUCGUGCAAAACUCACGUGUCUGUUAAAUGUUUAUUCCACUUUAUGUUGUGAAUCGGUGCGUUUGCACAACGUGAACCUCGCUUUACAUCCAGUGUGGUGUUUGUUGGGAGUAAAAUGAGAUCGAACCAGUUUGUAAUCACUGUUGUGGUGUAAUUUAUGCUCAGAUUAUAGACUAUUAAAAAAUACAUUCCCACCUGA